GAUUGCGUGUUACUUUCGUGCAAGCGUCGGUCCGGCAUGUGCCCGAACAAGAGAGAACAAAUACCUAGCGUAUAAUUAUUAAGAUAAUUUUUAUUAUUAUGAACAGCUGAGGAAACUGUUAGAACAAGUCAAGAUGCCGGGGAUAAAAAGAAGAGGUUCUCAAGUGCCUGUCGCAGAUAAACCCCCAAAACUAAAGAAGCAAAGCACAAGCACUACUGUACAGAAUGCUAAAGGAAAAAUAGAGAAGAAAAAGAAGAAUACAGCUGAAGUAGAUUCAUCAGACUUGCCACCCACACUGGAGAAAAUAUCAUGUGAAACAUGUAUGGACUUACCAAGGAAGAAAGCCAUACCAGGCAAAAAGUCACCCGAAAAGAAGUAUAAAAUGCCCAGAUUUCCGACAUUAAAACCUACUAAACCAGCAUCAGAGGACAAUGAUUUCUCAUUUUCUGCCCCUUCUUUUUAUUCUAAAUCUUCACCUUCAACUAAUUUUACAAAACUGAAAAAAGACCCCACCCUAAAAUUAAGUGAAAAAGAAUCAACUUCUAAAUCGAAGAAUGACAAAGAAAUACCCCAGACUCUGGCUACAGAGGUGACUGAAAUUCUCCCCCCAACUCUAGAAAUUGAGGUCGACCCAAGCUGCACAAGGGCUUCAGAGAUAGAAAAGAAAAUGCAGAAACUCCCAUCUGGUUCAAUUGUGGGAAAAAUAACAAAUUUGGAAUUUGAUGAUUUAAUUUUGCCAUUAGAUGCCUCAGAGGUAAUGUAUGAAUUCUCUGAUGAGAGCUCUUCUCAAACAUAUGGGGCUUCUAAAAUCACGACAGGGAGUCUACAGCCGCGAGCUUCUGCUUUUGAAGUUGCUGAAUAUUUGACUUCAUUAGACACAACAGAUAGCUAUGAAAAGACUGACCAGCCAUUAACAAGAAUUGAGGAGGAUCCAGAGGAGCCAACGGAAAAUGAAAAAAGUGAUACAAAUCCAGAAACCAAUGAAUGUGUAGAUAAAGAGGACAAUGGUGAGGAAAAGACAGAAAAUCAGACCGAAAGUAAACCAGAGUCUAGCACAAAUGGAGGCUCAUCGCCAAUGAAAACUCCAAGAAAAGUCCCUGGGGGACUGAGGGAGAUUGUGUUCUCCUUUGACACGACGGGGUCUAUGUAUAGCUACAUGGAGGAGGCAGGAGAGAGAAUUCGUGAUCUAGUCAAUCGCUUACAGACCGACAUGCCAGGCAUACGUCUCGCCUUCAUGGCACAUGGUGACUAUUAUGACCUCAGCCAUGAUAGAUAUCUUAUUAAAUGGAUUGACUUUGGUGCCAGUAUCGAGGAAGUGGUGAAAUUCUUUGAGAACUUGUCCAUCACACAUGGUGGAGACGAUGAUGAGUGUUAUGAACUAGUUUUAAGGAAGACUCGCGAGUCGUUGUCUUGGACGCCAGGAAGUCAGAGAAGUCUGGUUGUCAUUGGAGACUCUGAUCCCCAUGAGCCGGGCUAUAAGUAUGAGCAGUUUGUCAAUGAUAUAGACUGGAAGAAGGAGGCAGCUCUUCUGAAGGAAAUGGGGGUGAGGAUAUACGGUCUACAGGUAGGAUACAGGUCUGACUUCUACAAACAGAUCUCACAGAUAACGGGAGGUGCUCAUCUGCGUAUAGACAACGCCAGCUUUACCUACGACACGCUCAUGUCUAUUUGUCUACGAGAAGGCAGCUUAAAGUUAUUAAAGAGUUAUGAAAAUGAAGUACGGAAAGCCAAGAAGAAUUCAGAAGAAGGGGGCGUGUUAGACUUGGAAUUAGAAAGGUUAUUUAGUUCACUAAAAAGUGUGGAGGACAACAAAUCUACUAAAACAAUGCUCAAGGAACAAAAACUGGCCUUAAAAGAGGAAAAGAAGGCAAAAAGAGCUCUAGAGUUGGAGACUAAACAAGAAAAGGGUCCAGCCGAAAGUGGUGAAGAUGGGUCACCUGCGAAAAAAGCAAAAACUGAAAAGAAAUCCCCACUUAAAAUUUCUAACAAGUUAAAGAAUUCUCCGUCUGCUAAAAUUUUGUCCAAAGCAAAGAAAACUCUUGCUAAGACUUCACCAUUGAACAAAGUGACAAAGAUUAAAAAGGAAGAAAAAGUGCAAGGAAAAGAAGAUGGUACAGAAAAAGAACUUUUGAAAUCCAAGUCAAAAGAGAAAGUGAAAGUGAAAAAGCAAACAGAAAAGAAAAUUAACUCACCAAAGACCUCAUUAAAGACUGCUAAGAAAACUGUGAAAGCAGAAAGUGAUAAAAGUGGGAAGAAAAUGCAGAAAGAUGGAGGAAAGGCAAAGCCUGGUAGACCUCCUAAAAACACAACCAAGACACUCAAAGACAGUGAGAAGAAGAAACCAGGAAGACCACCUAAAGAUACCAAGUCUAUACCCACUAAAGAGACGAAAUCAGAAACCAAAGAGAAAGCCAACAGUGCAAAGGAAGAGGUCAAAACUAAAGUCAAAGCUAAAGGACAGCAAGACAGAAAAAAGAAGCCAGUGCAAUCCCCCAAAACACUGAAAUCUUCACCAGCAGCUAAAAAAUCGUCAGGGAAAAUCACUAAAACCAAGGUGCCACCAAAAGUGAGCAAUAAAAAGGCAGAUCUCAUCAAAAAAGCAGUAAAAGACACUCAAAAGACCAAGGAAAAAGUCACCAAGAAACAGGAAAAAGAGACCAAGGUGUCAAAGAAAACAGAGAAAUCCAAAACUCCAGCAAAAACCAAAGUGAGUGAAAGUAAAGAAAGUUCCAAGAAGGUGACUCCAAAGACACAGAAAGCAUCACCAAAGGUUUCCAAACCAGUAAAGAAGUUACCGCGGGAAUCUGCACCAGUAACAAAGUUUGUCAUGGGACCACUCAGUGUGUUGUCUUGGGACAAUUGGCUGCCGUUAAUCAGCCACAACAAACCAGACGUGAAGAGUGAAGACUGGAAAAAGAAGUCCAGCGUAUGUCCAGGAUUCUGUAAUGACAAGGUAUACAGUAAUGAGACUUCACAGGCUGUUUAUGAAAUCGCUGUGUCUCCACCCGAAAGCACCAAGCGGUACCCUGUUUUUUAUGCCAUUGAUGCAUUAUGGAGCUGUUUCUCCUCCCCUCAUGUAAAAAAGGAGGUAGAACGAGUUAUAAAGUCUAAGGGGUCUAUCAGUGUACGGAAGGGGUCCCUGGGUAAACCUAAUGAUGCUGUGUUCCAGAAAGCUGUGGAUUUUAUGAAGUUGAACUUUGAUUAUGCGUGGGAUGGCCGGAGUGAGGAUGUAAAGAAAGAUGGGUUCAUUAUUGCUAAAGCAAAGAUUAAAAUGGCAACUGUUUUGGAGGACCCGUCUCUGGAGCGGCAUUUUAAAGGACACAGAGACACAGUAUGCAGUUUGGAUUUCAACCCAAACAUGAAGCAGCUUGCUUCUGUGUCUAUGGACUCCUGUCUCAUGGUGUGGAACUUCAAACCUCAGAUGAGAGCCUACAGAUUUGUGGGACACAAGGAUGCUGUAAUGGAUGUGAAGUUCUCACCCUCUGGACAUUUAGUGGCAUCAGCUUCUAGGGACAAAACUGUUCGCUUGUGGAUUCCCACUGUAAAAGGGGAGUCUACUGUGUUUAAGGCACAUACUGCCACUGUCAGAAGUGUGGACUUUACAUACGAUGGGCAGACAUUAGUAACAGCAUCUGAUGACAAAACUAUAAAGUUGUGGACGUGUCAUAGACAAAAGUUCCUUUAUUCAUUAAACCAACACAGUAACUGGGUCCGAAGUGCUAAGUUUUCCCCAGAUGGUCGUUUAAUUGUGUCUGGCAGUGAUGAUAAGACAGUCAAAAUUUGGGACAAAAACAGCAAAGAGUGCAUACACACAUUCUAUGAACAUGGAGGGUUUGUAAACCAAGUAGAAUUUCACCCGAGUGGGACAUGUAUUGCAUCAGCUGGAACAGACAGCACCGUCAAAGUGUGGGAUAUCAGAAUGAACAAACUCUUACAACAUUACACAGCACACAGUGCGGCAGUGAACAGCCUAUCGUUCCACGCCAGUGGUAACUACCUGAUAUCGGGGUCGGAUGACUCGACGCUGAAGGUGUUUGAUCUACUGGAGGGUCGAUUGUUCUACACACUGCACGGACACCAGGGUCCUUGCACAGCAGUGGUCUUUUCCAAAUCUGGUGAAUAUUUUGCAUCAGGAGGAUCAGAUGAGCAAGUGCUUGUCUGGAAGACAAAUUUUGACCAGCUGGAUUUUUCGGAAGUCCUUCAGUCUCACAAAAAUAAACAAGAGGAGACAACUCCAUGUGAUCCCAGUGUAUCUGAUAUACCUCCACGAGUUGUCAAAAAACCCGCCAAACCUAAGUCACCAAGAGGGUAUGAUGCGAGAACAGAGCUUAAAAAUAUGGACGAUGAAUCAGUACCUGUAACCGAUGUAGGACCAGCUAUGUUUGCUCCGGAGCAGCAAAACGGUGUAAGUUUUGACAUUGAUGUAAGGAAUUCUGAGCCCGAGCCAACAAUACGCACCACAAAGGACCGGCCAGCCACCACCCAGCAGUUAGAACCACAGGCUCUCCCCCCGCAGCUCGCAAAAACCCUAGAGCAGAUUGUAGGCCAGCUAGAUGUACUCACUCAGACUGUUUCGUUGUUGGAACAGAGACUAACAAUGACAGAGAACAAGUUACGGGAAUGUAUAGACAAUCAGCAAAGACUGACACUACAGGUUCGCCCGCUGGACUGAUCUGGUCCUCACUCCGUUAGAUAUUUAACUGUAUGUAAGGAAUAUUUCUGAGAGGCAUUAACGAGAUGAACAAUUCUGACAGAGUAGGUUUAUAAACCAGUGCUCAGUGACAGUCCAUAAUUCAUUUGAUUUUCCUAGUGCAGCUUCAUGAGGAAACAUGCCGUGCAGCUAAACAAAAAAGAACAAACUGCAAUGAUAAAGACAGUCGUGGUCUGCUGAAUAAUCUUGCUUAAAAAUUUAAAACAUUUUAUUGUUUGAAUUAAUUUGUGUAGAAUAAGGAUUUUAUGAGCCAUUUGCUGCAGUAUGACUUCUUUGCCUAUUGCAAGAAUGUUUUAAAGUUAAUUAUUUUAAAGAAAUUAUUUCCGAUCAGUAAUAAAAAAAAUCUUCAGCUAGGAAAGAGAAGAAAUAUUCUGUUCAAAGAGGUGACAAUGAAAAUCUCUUGAGUUAAUUCAAAAGUUGGUUGUAAAGGAAGACUCAGAAUGUAUCUUGCAUUGUAUUCAUUUUAGAAGGAAUCCGUCCAUGUGUGAAUCUCUGUCAUUUAUCAAGAAUAGUUUUUUAAGACAAAUAGUCUUACAUUUUAGCUUUGUUUUUAUUACAAUAUAUCUCAUUUCUUUUUCAUAUAUAUUACUAUUCAAUAUUGAUAUUAUUAUCUAAUAUUCAAUAUUGAUGUGAUUCUCUUAUGAAUUCAUGUUAUAAUUUUCAAUGUUACCAAUUCAGUUACUUUGGAUACUUUGUAUUUGGGUUAGUCUUAUUUCUGAUGAUCAGUUUACUCCAGUGAGCUUGUACUUCAUUCAGUUAUUUCUCCAGUUAUGCACUGUGUUAAAAUCUCAAAAAUGAAGUAAAAAAUAUGAUAUUAUAGAUAUAAAACAAGUGGUUCGUCCCUUUUGUUCACUUAUCUGGAACAUAAUUUAAUUUUGGAUAUACCGCGUCAUUUGAUUGGAUUGAAAAUUAAUCUAAAUUGUAUAAUCUGGGUUGCCUAGGUCACGAUGACUUAUGUCAAAAACGUAUCAAUCCGCUUGAUGUUACGUUUAAAAUAUGAACAAUUUGAAGACGUUUUAAUGGGAGAAAUUGUUUUGUUUUCUAUACUUAAUGAUAGAAAAUUAAAUUAUAAGGAAUGAAUUAAAUAGCAACCCAGUUUAUACUGGUAUAACCUGGAUUGGAACACUUGACGCUUCACGGUUUAUAAAGCGUAAACUGCCCCAACCCAGGUUAUACAGUAUAACGGGUUGCUAUUUUACUCAUUCCUAAAUUAUAGACGGCAUUAAAAAAUUUCGUCAGUGAAUUAAUAAAGGUCUCUUAUUUUCCUAUGAAUUCUUUAUAAUUUAAAUGAUUUUUUUUCCUUUAUAUUUUCUGAAAGUAUAAAAAAAAAAUGACAAAGAUUUGUUUUGAAUAAAUACAUCUACACAUCACUUUUAAACAUACAUAUAUUAUUUUGUUUUAAUAUUCUUUUGAUAAUUAACUUGUUGUAAAAUUGAAUUUAAUGUUUUUAUUGUUUCAAUUUUUUUUUUUAUUGAAGAGAAUUCAUGUCCAGGAUAUUCUUUUCAAACUUUUCAUACUUCAGAAAACUUCAGUACUACCUGUACAUAACAGAUACAUUUUACAAUCCUUUAUGCAAACUGCUGUUUUAACAACUUGCUUCAUUUUAAAAUGUGGAACUGUGCCUAUGUCUAAAAACAUGUGAACACAUUUUUAAAAUUUUCACUUACUGAAUAAGGAACAUUUAACAGGUUACACAAAUAUAUGAAUUGAGAGAAUUGCAGAGUUCUUCAUUUCAGAAGUAGAGGAUAGUGUAUUGAGAAGUAAUUGAUAGUGUAUAUCUGACAGAGAAGUUUAUCUGUGUUUGAAUGAAAGAAUGAAUUGUUGUCUUACUAGUGCACAUAUUGUGAUAUUGGACAAAAACUAGAAAGAAGGUUCUUAUGUAGUAAUGCUGAUAUUUAUUAUUUUGUAAAUAAACAGAAAAGUGUU